CCCAACUCCACCGCCUCCCGCCGGUUGUACUGGGCCGGGCUGGGAGCGGCUUCCCGGCCCGCCCGCUGAGUCAGGGCCUGUCGGGGCUCCUGUGGGGCAGCGCGGCUGCCGCCGGGGCGGGAGGAGCCGGUAGCGGGCCCGGGGAGGGGGGGUUCUGUGGAGGCUCCUCCCCCGCGCGGGAGGAGGAGGGCGGGCUGAGGCGACAAGAUGGCGGCGGCGCUGAGGGGGGCGAAGCACUGGCGGUUGGUAGCGGGAGGGCCCAGCCUCGCUUUUACCCGUUCUGCAUUUGUUGCAAAAAAACCUAAUUAUGACCAACCAAACUGGUUUGGAGUUGGCUUGGCUUUCAGCACCAGUGCUGCCCUGUGGGCUCUUCUUUUCAAGCAGCACAAUGAAGAUGUAAUGGAAUAUGAAAGGAGAAAACAAGAGAGACAACAUAAGUGUACGAGCUGCUCAUAGUUCACGGUGUACUCGGUAAGAGGUAAUGUGAUCACCAGUUGACCAACGAAUAAAUGGCCAUGGCAGAAGUACAAAGUAUCUAAAUACUUACAUGUUCAUACAUUUCAUGUGCAGAAUUAUCAAAUAAAUUAUAGAGUAUGGAAGAAACCUAUAAA